AUGUACAAAUUAUAUUAUUAUGAAGGAGUGUUGAUGAAGGAAAUCUUCCCAGCUUCAGUUCUAGACGCGUUGAAAACAUUUGAAGUACGAGAUGAUGACGUAUUCACAGUGACGUAUCCCAAAUCAGGUACCACGUGGAUACGACAUAUCGUUUCACUCAUAUAUGGAAGCACUCACCUUGAGGCAGUUGAUAAAAUAUCUCUUCGCAAACGCAUACCUAUGAUGGAAUACCAUCCAUUUCAUGAGAAUGAAGAACCUAAUUAUAAACUUCUGGAAAAAGCAGAUUCCCCGAGAUUAAUCUCAACACACCUUCCAGUGGAAUUAUUGCCACCGCAGAUACUUCAAAAGAAACCCAAGAUUAUCUACGUGGCAAGAAAUCCCAAAGACGCUGCAGUUUCUUAUCACGAAUUCAAGGCCCAUGGCGAUUGGCCAUGGGAGGAAUUUGUCGGAAACUUUUUAAAAGGUCAUGGACCUUUCGUCAAUUGUUCGAAGAGUAAGUUGUUUCUUGGGGAAAAAAUGCGACGAUGCAACAAUUCGGGAAAUAACACUGAGAAGCAGCUUUGA